AUGGAAAGUGAUGCGACAACGUCAUCUAUGCCAGUGGAGGAUGGUUACAAUGAAUAUGUUGCUCCCAAGCGUAAGAGGAAGAAGAAAUCCUUGGUGUGGCGUGAUCUACUAGAAGGAAAAAAUGAAAAAGUUGAAGUAAUUGCAACUUGUAAGCAUUGUGGGAUUGAUUUAGUUUCCGGGUCAACUAGUGGCACAUCUCAUUUAAAACGUCAUUUGUUAGAGAGAUGUCCAAAAAGGCCUAAUGGAGUUCCACUAGGGGAGGCGAGCAAUGACGAUGAGGGUAGAGAAUUUAUUUUUGACAUGAAGGAACUAAGGAAGGAAAUUUUACUCUAUGUUGUAGAAGGUUCUCGUCCAUUUUCUAUGGUUGAGGAUAAGGCUUUUAGGCGGAUGAUGUUUAAAGCUACUCCACAUUUUAAGCCCUUUAGUAGGACUACACUUACUAGUGACCUUUUUUCAAUGUAUUAUUCUGAUAGAGAAAAGUUAAAGACCAUAUUGUUGAGUGCACCCGGUUUAAUUUGUUUGACAACUGAUAAUUGGAAAUCAUCUCAUACAUGGCAACAUUAUAUUUGUAUAACCGUCCAUUUUGUUGAUAAUGAUUGGAAACUACAUAAGAGAAUCCUCAGGUUUAAGGCAUUGUCUCCUCCUUAUGAUGGAGAAAGUAUUUCCGAAGAAAUUUAUAUGUUUCUUAACCAUUGGAGAAUAGAUGAUAAUGUGUUAAGUGUGGCGGUUGACAAUGCCUCUUAUAAUGAUGCUAUGAUUACUCACUUGAGGAGUCGUUUGGUAGCAAGAGGAGUGUUGAGACAUGGUGGUUGUUUUUUCCACAUUAGGUGUUGUGCUCACAUAAUUAAUUUGAUAAUUCGAUCCGGAUUAGGUCUUAUUCAAAGCAUCUUGGGUAGUGUUAGGAACUUGGUGAAAAUGAUUAUGAGGUCUUCAUCUAGAAGUAAAGACUUUUACGAUGUUGCACAAAAGAAUUUUCAUUUAGAUGUUAAAAGAAAACUUCACUUGGACAUGCAAAUUCGUUGGAAUUCGACAUAUAAAAUGCUUGAUAAUGUAUUAUACUACAAAGUUGUGUUUCUUCAUUUGGGAUCGGUGCAUGUAGCUUUUAAGUAUAUUGUGCCUACGGAUGACGAAUGGGAAAAAUUGAUUGUGGUUCACAAAUUUUUGAAACUUUUUUAUGAUGCCACAUGCAUGUUCUCGGCCAAUAAGUCUCCAACAUCUAAUAUUUAUUUCAAGGGUGCUUGGAUGGUUCAUCGUUGUUUGGUUGAAACAUCUAAGGGGCCUCAUGUUUUCUUAAGAGAUAUGGUGAAGCCUAUGUUGAAAAAUUUUGACAAAUAUUGGUCGGAUUAUAAUGUGUACUUAUCUUGUGCAGCCAUACUUGAUCCAAGGUUCAAAGUUAAGUUUGUUGAGUAUUGUUUUGAUAAGUUGUUUGGUCCGGAUGAAGCUAUGGUAAAAGUUGGAGAAGUGUUAACUACCUUGAGGUCUUUAUAUGAUGAGUAUAAGUUAAGAUCUUCAACAUCACCUAUUGUUGUCCCUACUCCUACUAGUGGGAUAGAUGAUGACUUGUUUGAUGAUAAUCAUAGUUAUAGUUCAAGAAGUAUUAGAACUCAAAUCACAAAGUCACAACUUGACUCAUAUUUGGAGGAUCCGGAGCGUGACUUGAAUUCGGAGUUGAAUGUUCUAGAAUUUUGGCAACAAAAUUCUUAG